UGGCAGUGCUACACUGAAACAACACUUCCGACUUGCUGUCUCUCUUGCUUUCCGAGCCCUGAAACUAGCAAGCUUUUGGACGACCAGUGUUAACUGUAAUUUUAACAAUGCCUCCAAAGAAGUCAGACGCACCCAAACAGCCUCCUUUGAUCGGACGUUUUGGGACUUCACUAAAAAUCGGAAUCGUAGGAAUACCAAAUGUUGGGAAGUCAACGUUCUUCAACGUCCUGACCAAAAGCCAGGCAGCUGCUGAAAACUUUCCUUUCUGCACCAUCGACCCCAAUGAGAGCAGAGUGCCCAUUCCUGAUGAACGUUAUGAUUACCUUUGUCAGUUCCACAAACCACUCAGUAAGGUACCAGCAUUUCUAAAUGUGGUGGAUAUUGCUGGUCUGGUGAAAGGAGCGCACGCAGGGCAGGGCUUGGGCAAUGCCUUCCUGUCUCACAUCAGCGCUUGUGAUGGCAUCUUCCACAUGACCCGUGCAUUCGAUGACGACGAUAUCAUCCACGUGGAAGGCAGCAUUGAUCCAGUGAGAGACAUCGAGAUCAUCCAUGAGGAGCUGAGGCUGAAGGACGAGGAGAUGAUUGGUCCGGCCCUAGACAAACUGGAGAAGACGGCCGUCCGGGGAGGGGACAAAAAACUCAAACCAGAAUACGACAUCAUGAUCAAGGUGAAGCAGUGGGUGUCGGAGGAGAAGAAACACGUCCGAUUCUACGGCGAAUGGAAUGAAAAGGAGAUUGAUGUGCUUAAUAAAUACCUGUUCCUGACAUCCAAGCCUAUGAUCUACCUGGUUAAUCUUUCAGAGAAAGACUACAUUAGGAAAAAGAACAAGUGGCUGGCAAAGAUCAAGGAGUGGGUAGAUGCCCAUGACCCAGGUGCCCUGGUCAUCCCUGUGAGUGGAGCGCUGGAGAGCAAGCUGCAGGACAUGAGUGACGAGGAGAAAGAGAAAUACUGCCAGGAGCAGAAGACCCAAAGUGUGAUGACCAAGAUCAUCAAGGCUGGCUAUGCAGCGCUGCAGCUGGAGUACUUCUUCACUGCAGGACCUGACGAGGUGCGAGCCUGGACCGUCAGGAAAGGCACCAGGGCACCUCAGGCAGCGGGGAAGAUCCACACAGACUUUGAGAAAGGCUUCAUCAUGGCUGAGGUCAUGAAGUAUGACGACUUCAAGGAGGAGGGGACUGAGAACGCUGUCAAGGCUGCUGGCAAAUACAGGCAGCUGGGCAGGAACUACGUUGUGGAGGAUGGAGACAUUAUCUUUUUCAAAUUUAACACACCCAACGCACCCAAGAAGAAGUGAUGAGACCAGAUGGUUGUUCCAGCAGGUUCAGCCCAGUCCUGCUCUGGAGGGUCGCAGUGUCUGCUGAUUCUUCUUCCAUCUCUCUCUUGUAUGGGAUCAAGUCAACUGUUUCAGCCCAGGGACUCAUUUAGUCACACAGUUCAAGUGUUCAUAGCACAAAUGACAGAAGUAUCAGAACAGAGUACAUACGAUUGUUUUGCGGUGAUGUGCAUGUAAAACAUUCUAUUCUAAAAGCAUUCUUAAUAUGUUCAUUUUGAUCUGACAUCUUCUGUGCAUUUCUGCCAUCUAUGAAUGUUGCAAGAAUGAAAUUAAUCUCACACUAUGACCCUAAAGACCUGGACUGGAGUUUUUUUUUUUGACAUUUCUCAUGAUGCCUGAGAAACCAGAAUCCUGACUGCUUCAUAUAUUUGGGGGUGUGGCUUUGGUUUUUACAUUUAUGCAUUUAUGCAAAAUAGUUUUUGGACCUAUUGAAACCCCUUUUUCUUUCGUUGUCUUGACAGCUUAUCAUCCAUGCACACAACCUAAGUACAAGGCCUAACAUCAUUGUGAAUAAGCACAUUUAUAUCAAGAUUCUCUGACCAGGACCUGCAGUUCUGGAUGCUUCCUUUUCAUGUGCUUCAUCCUCACUGACUUUUUCCAAGGUAUUAUUAUAUAAAAUGCAUACUGGUGCACCUUGUGGCCAACAUGUUAACAUUGACAUCAUUGGGUGGUAUGAUUAAGGACGGAUUUUGAGCUAACUGACUUUCAGUGGUCAUUGUAACAACCAGAAUUAUCAAUUAAUGUGUCAUGUUCUUCAAUAAGUAGGCACUUCUUUGAGAAUGCAUGCACUGCAGCUGUGUCCACAAUAAAUCAAGACAAACCAUA